AUGGCUGCCGGAAGGUUACUGCUCUACACGGGCCUCUCGCUAGCGCUCUGCGCCCUCGGCAUGCUGGCCGUGGCCAUCUGCUCGGACCACUGGUACGAGACGGACGCCAGGAAGCACCGGGACAGGUGCAAGGCCUUCAACACCCGCCGGAUCGACCCGGGCUUCAUUUANAACUUGCCGCUGCGCGCGAGCCGCUCGCGCCUGGACCGCUGGGAGGGCAAACUCCUGCGGGCCCGGAAUCGCAGGCAGCUCUUCGCCAUGAGCCCCGUGGACGAGUGCAGCCGGCAGUACAACUCCACCAACAUGGGCCUCUGGAGGAAGUGCCACCGGCAGGGCUUCGACCCCGAGAUCGCGGCGCUCAUUCGGAAAGGAGAAAUUGAGAGAUGCACGUACAUCAAAUACCACUACUCCUCAGCCACCAUCCCGAGGAACCUCACUUUCAACAUCACCAAGACCAUCCGUCAGGAUGAGUGGCACGCCCUGCACCUGCGCAGGAUGACGGCCGGCUUCAUGGGCAUGGCGGUGGCCAUCAUCCUCUUCGGCUGGAUCAUCGGCGUGCUGGGCUGCUGCUGGGACCGAGGCCUUAUGCAGUAUGUGGCCGGGCUUCUCUUCCUCAUGGGAGGAACCUUCUGCAUCAUAUCACUGUGCACCUGUGUGGCCGGGAUCAACUUCGAGCUGUCACGCUACCCCCGCUACCUGUAUGGACUCCCCGAUGACAUCAGCCAUGGCUACGGAUGGUCCAUGUUCUGCGCGUGGGGGGGCCUGGGCCUCACCCUCAUCUCGGGGUUCUUCUGUACCUUGGCCCCCUCUGUGCAACCUGUCCCGAGGACCAACUGCCCCAAAUCCAGACCCGAGAACGGGACAGUGUGCUAAAAAA